AUGUCAGACGCUAUCGGUUCGGUGCGAACAUUGAAGAGGAAGAACGUCAAAGGUCUUGCUUUGGCAGCACCUGCCCCGCGGCCUGUAGCGCCUUCAGAGAGUGAUCUCCAGAUUCCGGGCGGCAACGGCAAUGAAAAUGCCAGGCAGACCGCACAGCUUGAGAUAGGUAUCGAAUACAAAUUGGAUCUGAAGAGGGAGGAUCUAGAGGUUCUGAAGGACCUGGGACAUGGAAAUGGAGGAACCGUCAGCAAAGUCAGGCACAUGGCGACGGGAACAGUUAUGGCAAGAAAGGUUAUCCAUGUAGAAGCGAAAAAGGAAAUGCGCCGUCGAAUUGUCAGGGAACUGCAAAUCAUGCACGACACCAACUCAGAAUUCAUUGUCAAUUUCUAUGGAGCCUUUCUCAGCGAUACAAACGACGUUAUCAUGUGCAUGGAAUAUAUGGAUGUUGGUUCUCUUGACAGAAUCUCCAAACUGUUCGGUCCCGUACGGGUGGAUGUGUUGGGGAAGAUUGCAGAAGCGACGCUUGGAGGACUGACUUACCUCUACAUUAAGCAUCACAUCAUGCACAGAGACAUCAAACCCUCGAAUAUCCUGGUGAACUCGAAGGGCCAGAUCAAGCUGUGUGAUUUCGGCGUCUCAGGAGAGCUAGUCAAUUCUGUGGCUGAUACUUUUGUUGGGACUUCAACAUAUAUGGCCCCAGAAAGAAUCCAAGGCCAGAAAUACACGGUGAAGUCGGAUGUUUGGAGUUUUGGCUUAUCAGUCAUGGAGUUGGCAAUCGGGAAAUUCCCCUUCGAUGCCAGCGAGCACUUGUCUGAUGGAGACGGUGCUCCAUCCGGUAUUCUGGAUCUUCUACAACAGAUUGUUUAUGAGCCAGCUCCCAAGCUUCCCAAGAGCGAAGCCUUUCCCCAGAUUUUGGAGGAUAUGAUCCAGAAAUGUAUGGCCAAGGCCCCAGAAGAACGUCCUACGCCACAAGAACUUUUUGAACGCGAGCCUUUCGUACAAGCAGCCAAGAGAACUCCGGUAGAUUUGAGAGAAUGGGCGGUCAGUCUGAUCGAAAAAGACAAUCGCAAAUCCCAUCUCGCCCCUCAGCUAUCACCCUCUACACAACAACUCCUUCGUUCCGGAGAUUCGCCCACCGGACCGUAUCCCUCAAACUCCCCAGAUUACUCGUUACCUACACCAACAUCUGGUGACAUACCAAUUGGUGGUGGUGAUGUGCGUUCAGCAGUAACCUCUCCCCAGUAUAGCGACAGAUCACCAACCAAGAAUGGAUCAAAUAGCCUUGGUCGUGCAUCAGGUGCUCCAUACCAUCCUGGUCUUCCUCCUCGAGUCUCUACAACAAAUUCUGUCCCUAAAGUCACGACAUUGAACGUGCCAGAUCACUCGUCCAAUGGCCCUUCCAGUGCCAAUGCUGCUUCUUUUUCCACCACAACACUCCCCAUGCGGCCUGCACCACCUGCAGGACCCUUACCACCACCCCCGGUUCCGAAGAAAGAGAAUGCUGAUGGCGACGUGAAAAAGGAAAGUAGACGACAAGCCACCUUUGGCAAUGGCUUGUAUGGAUCUGGAUAUCCAGGCAACGGGUCCAACUCGUACGAAUAUUAA